GGCAAAAUGGCUCGUGCCAUCACCUUCUCUCGUCUCCCCUCGUUGUCGUGUGGAGCAUGCACAAACUCCACCAUUGGCAACGGUGGCACUGCCCUCACGAGUUCAGUUUUUGAGCGAUUCCGAUUUGGUCAAAAGGAGAUCAAGACACGAGGCAUCCGAAUUCAUUAUCAUCGCAAGCUCACACUGGUGUUGACUUCGAGAAGUGACAUUCACCCUACUCCGAGAUCACACUCGCCGGGCGAGAGAGCAAAGCAGUUGUAUGAAUGCAUCAACGAGAAGAACCUGAAGGCGCUAGAUGAGGUCAUCUCGAAAGAUUGUUGCUUUGAGGACUUCUCCUUCCCCACACCAUUCAAUGGAAACAAGGAGGUCUUGCUCUUCUUUGCGCAACUUACUUCAAGCAUGGGCAAGAAUGUUAGAUUCAUCCUCAAAAAUGUCAGUGAGGACGAGGAGACGGCGUGGGUGAAUUGGCACCUAGAGUGGAAAGGAAAUGAGAUACCUUUCACCAGAGGCUGCAGCUUCUAUGAAUGCUCAAAAGAUGGAGAGAGGCUGGUCAUUAGGAAAGCUCAAGUAUUUGUCGAGCCGCCAAUCAAACCAGGAGGCAUAGUGCUGAUUCUCUUGAAGACCAUCACAUCGUUGUUUGACGAUUUUCCGACAGUGACUGAAAGUGCGUAAACAUUCAUUAAGCACCAAAAAUUCUAAGUACAUAAACGUAUCAUGGCAGAUCACUCAUGCAGCAAACAUCUCA